GCGAUUGGUCACAGACAGCGCCUGGAAGACAGGGCAGUGUCUUGUGGACAUGGAACGCAAUCCAACACAAUCCAUCGGUUUUCUUGAUUUCGUUAGCAAAAAGGAAGAGGGUGUCGUCUUCCUUGGGAAGUCGCACGCGCGAAACGUAUGGGAACUUCUGAAGGCAGGUCUGCACAUUGUCGUAAUGGAAGGGAACUCCAACCUGUUGCAAUUCAUGAUGCAACUCGUCAAAAGUGAGGUCAAUUUGGGGACCCAUAAUUGCGAGUUCAUGGUCAUGAAGGCGACACGGGAUCACGUGUGGAGCAACAAGAUGGACAUGUGGUUCAAGUUGAGUGAGAGGAAGAGGAACAAGAUAUACGACUUCUUGUUCCUGCAAAUGCGGUCGAGGAAGGACACUGACGCCGAGUACGUCCGCCGCAAGGACCUCAUGUUCUCGUUGCUCGACAACUAUCAUGGCGCCUCCCACAUGAACGCGAAGACCUUACUUGAAAGGCUGCAGUCCCUGUACUUCGUCCAGUCCGAGGAGGAGUUGAAGUUCGACAGUUACGCGUCCUUGAUCUCCACUAGUGACAAGGCAGCCACCAGUGUCGAGUUAGACGCCAACGCGAAGGAGGAGGGGAGCGACACAGAGAGUCUCGACCUGGAGUAUGACCCACCUCCGACAGAGCAUGCCCGAGGGUCCUCGUCGGCCGGAAAAGAGGGUGCCAAAGGGGACGUGGGUAUUGGAGACGACGAAGGGGAGGACAGUGAGGACGAUGUCGGAUUUAGAGAGUCGUUUGAUGAGUUCGAACAACUGUACGAUGAGCAUCGCAAGGAUGAUGUCGAUGAUGAUGAGAUGACAAUGGAGAUAGAGACACAGGUUGUCAGCAGCCUUUCGGCAGAACCUGAAGACUAUGAGGUCCAACCACUAACGUCUGUCGUCGAUCUGCAACACCGGUUCGACGAGGCUUCUAUUGCUAUGAGCCCAUUUAGAGCAAGUUAUUGUAUAAGCAUCGAAGAAGUUAUCGAUGACAUCCUCGGCGACCAGCACGUGUCCGCGCAUCCGUCCACAACGCAUGACUUCGACGACACUCGCAACGUCAAACCUUUUGUGGCAGUUGCCUUCGUUUUCUCGCCGCCGAACUCUCCGAUACUGUUGGCCACUCUUGCCAACAGAGGGGAAGGUGAGGUCGGGGGACGACAAUAUGUCAUGUCCCCGAAAAAAUAUAGGGUCGGAACUCAAACUCUCGACGUGCUGGCUUUGCCCGCGCCAACUUCACCGAUGAAGGAGCGGAGAGACAAAUCGGUUGGUAAGCUGUGAAGAACGCCACACUGUCUAUGCGUCCAGGCUUCCGAGAGCGAGAGUGCGGCUUCCUUCGUAGUCCGGAUGUCGGCGGACUACAGUCCGUGCCAUGCACACAAGGAGUGUCCAUACUGUCUGUCGAUCCGAGGAGUUUCGGAUGCUACAGCCACCAGUCCUUCCAACUACAUGUCAUCGACCUUCUUGUGAGUUAGCCAUGUUGUUGGUCGUGGGCAGGGAAAACUUUAACAAAAAGGUAACACUCCU